AAUCCUCCAAAGAAUAAUUAAAAUAAAAACAAGCUAUGGUACGGAGGUAUCAAUUUUAUGUAUGAUCUUUCCUUUUGGGCCAGGAUUGCUUGGACCAGAUUUUGUGGAAGUUCUCUUUAAGAUGUCACGCGAAGUACCAGCAGGCUGGGAUUCUCUUUCAGGAGUUGGUUUUCUCUUAGGUGAGCUUUGGAUUGUGCAUUUAUUUCUUUUGCUUGAUUUUGCUCCUGUUAAGCGCAUAGGGCUUUUGUUCAGAGGGGGACGGCCUCUUCUCUUUUUUGCAGGGGCUACAGCUGGGGAAGAGAAUCCAGGGGGAUGGCUUAGAGAUGCAACUGGUUCAGCAAGGACUCUUCUUCUCCUUGCGGCACUUUCAAAUCAGAAACUUCUCGGUGGAGAUCAGCCAGAGGUGGAGUUUUUUCCUUCCAGAGAAGCUUCUUAUGGGAUGAUGGAUAUCCAUUGUCCCUUCUACUAUGGUAAGAGGUAGAGUAAUCUCUGCUUGGAGAUCUUUUGUACCUUUCCUGAUGGUUUCGAGGCCUUUCUCUAAAGCCUCUUUGUCUUUGUGAAGCAGAUUGAGACUCUGAGUAGAGAGAAGAGUUUCCUUUUUUGGGGUGCUGGGAUACUUGACGAUGGUCAUAGUUUCUUUGAGAUGAGUAGUUUCUGGCAGAGUCUUGUGAGUGGUUUCUGGGCGCCACAAAGUUGUCUC